GCAUGUAGGGCUGACCGCAUUUGCCAAGAACAAAGCUGAAGAGCCAGCGAGGGUUUAGUAUAUUUGUUGGUAUAGAUCAUUUCAUCUAAAUCACUCCGGUGUGUAUGGUGUAACCAGCAAUAAUAAAGCAUCAAAGCCUUCUAUUUCGGAAACGAAUCACACGAUGGACUUAUCGAGCUUGCACGGAGACCCUCGCAGCGCCCACACACAUUACACCCCCGACAGCAAGUCUUACCUUUCAUCCAAAGGACCAGACUUGUACUUUGGAGACUCUUACACCUAUGCCUCAGAUUAUUUCGGGGGCCCCUUCCUCGAUGACAACCUACACUCCUGUUCGAUGAUGAAACCGCUGGACGUAUUCAGCCCCUGGGACAGUCCAUCACCUAGCACGUUUCCUGGUGCAAAUCCAACAAGCAGCUCACCAUUCGCAGUGAGUGAUAGCCACCUGAAAACAUGGCCAAAAUUCAACUCCGGGGAUCUAGCAUACGGAAAAUAUGCUCAUGAUGCUGAAAAAAUCGAAACUCACCACACCGCCGACUCGAUACACACCUGCAGUAGCAGUCCCUCAUCUCCAGCCAUCUCGCCCCAAAUAGCAAGGCAAUCACGUCUUCCCUCACCCUCGGCUUAUCCUCGAACCUUUAUAAACGUCAGAUCCGAGCCUACAAGACGCAAGCGAGGCCGUCCCCGCCUCCCACCUGCAGCGUCCAAGGUCUCAGUAAGCACCGUUGCAAAGAAAGUCGAGCGGCCGCAGUGCAUACCACAUACCGAAGUCGAACGCAAGUAUAGAGAGAAGCUUAACACGGAGUUGGAGCGGCUACGGCGAGCUGUUCCGUCUUUGCUUCGAGCGGAUUCGGAUAAUGUCAUGGGCGGCGCAAGGAUAAGUAAGAGCGCAGUGCUGGCAGUGGCAAUCGAUUACAUCAAGGACUUGGAGGCGCAGAGGGAUAGUGCCCUGGAUGAAGUGAAAAGACUCGGUGGGGAGGUGAAAUUUUGAAUUAAGUAAAUCUGUUCAUUGCAGUAUUGUUUCGUUUAGAAAUCCCUGUCUGGAUCUUGUUUUGGGCUUCCAUAAUCGGUCUCAAGACGAUUGUUAUACCCAUUGGGUGUUUAUAUUUGCCUAUUACAUUUGUUGAAUGAUUGCUGAAUAGAUGACAGUGGAUGUACAUACUCAAAUAUAAUUCUGGUCUU